UGCGUCCGCAUGUGGGAGAUGAAUUGGAGUCACACGACUGGGUGUUUCCUUCCGAGUGGUUUUGAUUAGCUAUCCAUUAGGGGAGCGUGGAAACUUUUUCUUCUUCUUUUGUGUGUGUGUGUGUGUGUGUGUGUGUGUGUGUGUGUGUGUGUGGCUGAAAGGAUGAAAACUGAGUAAGUACACAGAACUUUGAACUUGAAGCGGAAUGAAACAAAUACAAGCAAAACCCUAGCAGUAACCAUGUCCAUUCAAACCGUGCAUUCCCUUUUUAUGUGAAAAGCCGUGAAUGCUUACAGGAAAGUGGCAAUUUAAAACGGAAUGAAGGGAAGCAGUGAAGAACCAUGAAAGGCUGGAAGCAGGACUGCUCUAAAAGCGGAGGAGAAUGAGGAACUGCUCGGGCAAGCUGGCCUGCAUCCCGCGGUGCAACAGGCACUUUUGGUUUUAACCUAUUGAGCUCUUCAGCGCUGUUUCCAGACUCCAGAUUUACUUUGGUAUUGUUUUCUCUUUUCCUGUAAAGUCUUUGCUGCGAGUUUAAGGAUGUUGUGAAAAUAAGGCAUCACCGGAAGCAAAAGUUUGGCAGCCUGGGGAUACGCUCAGGUUAUUAGUUACCACUAUUAUUAUUUUGAUGUCUUUUUUUAACCCAGGCCAGCCACUUUUCACUGUCAUCCAUGGAAGGGAUCUUAUUAACCGCCUCAGACUUUGGGGACCUAUGAUUCUUUGGCAUGAUCCUUCGGAAAGUUCUUAAGCGGGGAUGGAGCAAGCUUGAUUUAAAGACUGAUUUGUAUUUUUUCAUGCUGACCAAAAAGAGCUGCUAUGACUUUUCCGGCAACGUGGACGGGGGCCAAGUGAAGCUGAGCUGGUCAUGGUCUGUCGUCCAGUGUUCCCUUGUCGUCGGCGAUUUUGCCCCCGGCCCUUCUUGGUGGGCUUGGUGGUGGCAAUCUGUCUCUUCUACCAGACCCUGACACUCCGAGGGACGAGGAAGCUCACAGCCGCUGACCCUGGGGCUGCCCCAAACGCACCCACCAAAACCCAAGCAAGCAGAUGUAAGAAAGGACUCUCCCUGGACAAACAGUGCUUCCUUCUCCCCAGUAAUGCGCAGGAAAUCAGAAAGAUCGAGAAAUCGAUAAAGAUACACUUUGGGAGCCAUGACAGAAGGGCCGUCCUCUACAGGCCUCCUUCCUACAGCAAAAUGGAGUUUCAGCUCCAUCAGCACCUCCUCACUCAGCAUCGCUACUCAGUCGUCAUCGCUGAAGAAAGGCUUGGUGCUGGUCUUGGGCCGGGGCUGCUAGAAAAAGGUGAUUUGGGCUCUUGGGAUCUGCUCAUUUGCCUGUCUUCUAGGAAAGCUGGUGGAAAACCUUGCAUAUCCAAGGAAGACAUGUGCCAGUUAGGUUUACAUCAAAAGGUAAACAUAUUACCAGAAAUACAGCAUCAGCUUUGCAGUAAAGAAGGAUUAUGUCAAAUAAUUAGAAGAUUUCCAGAAUUGCGACUUGUGGUGAGCCCCUCUGUGUGUCUGGAUCAGAGCAUACAGUUAAAGCAGAGUACUCUGAGUGACCUUUUAAAAACAGUGAAGCCACAUAUGUGGAAACCAUGGGACUGGCAACGUGAACAGCUGAAUCAAACAACAGUCCUUGCUCCACAUGAAACAAUCUUUAGAGCUGAAGAACUGUCUGUGAUUCUUAAAGCAUAUGUGUUGGUGACAUCUUUAAGCCCUUUGCGUGCAUUCAUUCAUUCAACUGGCGCAGUUUGGAAUCCACCAAAGAAAAAACGCUUCACUGUCAAGUUGCAAACAUUUUUUGAGACAUUCCUGACAGCCAGUUCACCUCUUCAGGCUUUUGAUAAUAUGAAGGAAGCAAUUAGCAAACUCCUCCUAGCAGCUGAAGUAUUCAGUGAAACAUCUACUCUGGGACCAAAGGCCUUCAAUAGAUGCAGAUUAUGUUUUCAACUUUUAACUUUUGAUAUUGGUUACUACAAUUUCAGGUACCCUGUUGUGCUCCAGGUGCAUGAGCAUUUAAAUUUUCAAGAUGGUGAUAAUACGGAUUUUGAGGACCAAAACACAGAAGAAUUCCUUUUACAAGAUACUUUCAAUUUUCUCUUCUCUAAUGAAUCUUCACUUCCCAUGUUUUCUGAGAUAUUUCAGGGAUUUUAUAUAUCAGGUGUUUUUAAGGGCGAAAACUAUCAAAAGGAACCAAAUCAAUGCCUGUCUUUAGAGGAGAUGCACUCAAUUAUGACUUUCAUAAAGGAACUUGGGAGUUUGGGGCCAUUCCAACUGCUCUUCCCAUCUACUGCUCCUGGGAUUCAGUCUUUGAUGCGUGAAUUUUAUGAUAUGGCAAAUCCUAUAGGACAACCUGGUUCAGUCCUGACUCAGUACUGGUCUCUUUUAAAUGUAUUUGAACAAUUUCGGGUCCUGAAUAAAAACGCACAGCUACACCCACUGGAAUGGGCUUCUUUCACAGAGGAUGAGAACAUUGAAAAACCACAAGUGCCAUUUGAUGCAAUUGAAAAUAAAAAAGCUUCUGUUCCACGAAUUAUGAGUGAAACCAAAGAAGUUCAUUGUAGUAAUGUGCCUGAUGGAAGUUGUACUGAGACACAGGCCUCAGAACUGGAGUCCAGACACCCAGAAGAUGACACACAAUGUUAUAUCAAACAGAUCCUCACACAUCCACAUUUGGAACUGAAUCCUGAAUUUAACCCAAAGAUCAAAGAUUAUUACUCUGAAGUUCCGUUUGACGUGGUAACAGUGACAAUUGGAGCAGAGACUUCUAAUUGUCAGUGCAAGGUGUACCUGCACGAUCGGGCAGGAACAAGCUUUGCCAACUACCCUCUGGGCUUGGGAAUGAACAAAAUCUCAAUGUUUGUGGCAGAUGAGUCUCCAGCACAGGGUGAGACCCUGAUCACGUACAAGCUCACCAUCUACAGAGAAGAUCGUCCAAGUCUGCCCUUGUUUGAGGACUUCUCAGCAUGCGGGUUUGUGCAGCUCACCACUUACGUGUUGGAGAACUUGGACCAGUUUCUCAUCUGUCAGGAUUGUGGUUUGCUGAUUCACCCAGAAGAAGCCUGUGGAUUACAGCCUAUUUCCUCUGACUACAUUGAAGCCAUUUCACAGCCUGAACUAAAGAUCUGUCCAUCUGGGGACACAAAAGGCCAAUGGAUCGUGCCUUGCCUUAGCUGUUCAGACAACAGGACCUGUGACUGGAGAGAGAUAACGUGGCAGCCUCAGAACUGCCAGUACAGCGUUCUAACUAAGCCUCAACUCCAGCGGUGCCUGGGGGGAAGGAAGAUUCUUUUCAUUGGAGAUUCAACCAAUAGAGGAAUAAUGUACUAUCUGAUCGAAAGACUAAAUGAAACCUUGCAAGAAUGGCAGAAGGUCCAUGGCACAAAAUUCUACCACAAUGUCAAUGGUGGGAAGACUUUGGUCAGUUAUUCCUACUAUCCCCAGUUCUGGAUAAGCCCUUCGUUGAGACCAACAUUUGAAAAAGCACUUGAACAUCUCUUGCAAAGAUCACGUCCCCUGGAGAAUACAGGCCAGACCGUAUUGGUCGUUGGUGGUGUUCAGUGGCUUAAUUCCAAUCACCUACAAAUUAUUCACAAGGUUUUGAAGAGGGAAAAUUUACUCAAUAUCCUUGUGAUCAUCAAAACUUUGGGAAUUGGAUUUCAUCUCCCAGUGGAUGGACUGCAUUUCUUGACACAGAGUGAAGUUCAGAACUUAUGGAAAGAAAAUUUGAUUAUUCUGGAUGCUGCAAAGACAUAUGGCUAUGAAGUGGUUGACACAUUUACUAUAACGAUGGGGCGAUACAAAGAGUUUUUGCAGGGGACGUGUGGAUGUCAUUUCCAUGAGGUAGUGAAGUCAAAGUUAUCCAAAGAAUAUCACUUUAUCAGAAUGAAACAAUCAAGAAAUCAUAUUGUGGGAAGAUAUUUCAGCAAUCAAAGCAAACGACAACAAGACUCUGUAACAAAUUCUCAAUCACCAUAUCAUGUCAGAGGUCCAGUUAAUCAGGUUUGCUCUGAAAUCCUUCUCAGCAGGAUGUGUGCAAGUAAAAGGACUGUGUAGACUCCCUGCAGGAGGACUGAACUUGGAAAUGGAAGCAAGCCACUCACCUGGACGUGGUCUAAGAACCAAAUCCUACACAUCACGGGUAUCUUGGAUUGACCACACACUCAUGCAUGCUGGCACACACAUAGACACCAAUGCACACAUGGCUUAAAAAAAAGUAAUAAUAACACUUUUUUUCCUACAGCUUUAUAAGGUCAAUAUAUGCACUUGACAAUCACUUGGUUUCAAGGGGAAAGCUAGAGCUUGAAAAAGGUUACUUGAAGUAUAAUCAUAAAUUGGAACCACUGUGGGCUAGGUAUUGCAUGAUGAUAAUAAGGAGAAAUAUAGACACUUGAAUUAUGUGGACAAAAAGGAUAAUGGUCUUGAGUAUUGUGUUAUCUUCUCUAUCGGUACAUUAAUACUGAAGAGGGGAAAAAAGCAGUUACAUUCCAUUUGCAAGUAGGGAUUGUGCUUGUGUUUUUUACCAGGAGAAAGAGUGAUGUGUACGAUAGCUUAGACUUUGUAAUCUAAUGCUUAGGAAAAACAUUUCUUCCUAUACUUUUUAAAUUUUACAAUUGAAAGGAAAAGAACAGGAAUGCCACACAGGGAACUCGGAGGGAUUCUAGGAGAGACAUAGGAAGUGUAGUAAUUUACAGUUAAAACACCAAUGGAUUUAACUUUGCACUCUUUGUACUUUUCAGUAACAUUCCCUCCUAUCCUGUCUGUGAACUUGGAUAGGUAACUGCAGUCUAAGUUGAUAACAACUGUAAUGUUAAAGUGAGAAACAAAAUGUAGUUCCUCAUGUAUUACUUUAAUGUGUUUUAUUGAUGAUACUACUUAAGAAAGCUUUUGUUUGUUGUUAGAGGCCUAUGUGAUUUAAGGUUACGUUUUAUGUAAAUAUUUUCAAAGGAUUAGGCAUUUGCAUAGGCAUUUAUUUUCAUAAAGCAUUUGUAUACGUCCACAAAUACCAUGUUAUUGGUAACUAUAUUUUGAUUUUUCUCAUCCAAAUUGAGAGUAGGAAUAAAAAUAUUUUUUUAUUAAAACUGUGGCAUACAUAUAUAAAACAUACCUAGUUCUAGUAUCGAGAACUUUCUCUUCUAUAUUUUAAUUUCAAAAUAGUGAAUUUCUUUAUUUUAUGUGUUUUGUUAUAAGCUAUCCCACAGUUACAAUUGUGUUUUAAAGGAUUAUUUUUCUUUUGGGGAAAAAUAAAGCUGAGAGUGUUAUUCAAUAAUGUCUGAAAUUAACAACUGUACAAAUACCUCAAUUUCAUUACCAUACAAAAAAAGAGAGACUAUUUUGAUUGAUCAGUUCCUUGGUAUGAAUAUCCACCUCUUUAAAUACUCUAUUUUUAUAUAUAUUUUUAUAUGAAAGUAAACAUGAAUU